AAAAUAAGUGUUGUAUUUUGAAAAAGAAAAAAAAUUCGUAAUUUCACACCAUGGCCGAGGAGAUAGAGGUUGAGGAGACGGAGGACUUCCACGACAUGGACUUCAAUGACGAAGAGCCAUCCUGUAGUGGAGGAGCUGUCCAGGCCAGGACGGAGCGCUUUGUGGUGAAGAAAUGGGUUGCGCACGCCAUGUGGGGAUGGGACGUAGCAGUGGACAACUGUGCCAUCUGCCGUAACCACAUCAUGAACCUGUGCAUCGAGUGCCAGGCGGACCCGAAUGCAAACCAAGACGAGUGCACUGUGGCUUGGGGCGAGUGCAACCACGCAUUCCAUUACCACUGCAUCGCGCGCUGGUUGAAAACGCGCCUGGUCUGUCCGCUGGACAACAAGGAGUGGGUCUACCAGAAGUACGGCCGCUAGCGAGGAAUAUGGAUCGGGAUAUUAGGUGGUGAUAGCUGUUUGCUGGCAUGUAAUUACUGUAAUUAAAUAAGAACGGACUUGGGUUCC